AGGAGGAGGAGGAGGUGGAGAGAAGAUAGCGGUAGGCGAACACCGGCAAGAGAACGGGUUAAAGGCACCACGAAACGUCUCAUUUAGGCUCCGGUCGUUCCCUGCGUAACAUCCCGAGGGUGCGUAACACACAUUCGCACGAGAGAGAGAGAGAGAGAGAGAGAGAGAGAGAAAGAGAGAGAGAGCGGCUCGUCGUUUUCACGAGGGCACUAGCGCAACGCCGCUGAUAACACACCCACACGCUCACUCGCCGUACGCACGCCGCAUUCACGCACGCACGACGAACGAACGAAAGCGGAGCGUCGAUCGCGUGCUCGAACGUACGAGGCUCGUUCGAAAAACGCGGCGGCGCGAUACAUAAUAUCGAACGCGAUCGAUCAAAAGCGCAGCGGGGAGAGAAAGCGCGCGCGUCAAAACGCCGCAGGUGCCGACGGCGACAGAGCCACGACGAGGACGAGGGCAACGACUGCUGCCACCGUUGCAACUACUGCUGCUACUACUACUACUACGCCGAGGACGACGACGACGACGACGACGACGACGACGGCUGCGUCGUUCCGUCACAACGCUGGAAUCACGUAAUCGUCAAAACAGCCCCACGUGCGACUGCUCGUGACGUACGCACGCACACGCGCACGCACGCAAGCAGGCACGAACGAACGCGACAAACGCACGCACGCACGCACCUGCGUACACCUACGCACGCGUCUGCCGGCCGAUCGACGCGUACUGCACGUACGUCGUGCAUCGAGCUGUGCAUCGAGCCGAGAGAGGAGAGCCGCGCGCGCGAGACCUACCCGGUCUCUCCGCGUCUCAUCGGCGUCGCUCGCGAGGGGCUCAGCACAGGUGGAAGUAGCUUCAUUCGUCGGGACAGAGAAGGAGGAACGAAGGAAGAGAGAAAAAGAGAGAGAGAGAGAGAGAGAGAGAGAGAGAGAGAAAGCCGACACGACUUCGGCGAGAUAACCCAACAGGACGUCGCACACGUCGCGAACGCGCAGCUCUCUUACACAGAGACAGGCGACGACACGUGGUGCCUCCUGCGGGAGACGAGAACACGAGAGAAAGGGAGACAGACAGAAAUAGAGAGAGAGAGAGAGAGAGAGAGAGAGAGAGAGAGAGAGAGAGAGAGAGAGAGAAGCUGCGAGAAACGUGUAGCUACUGCCUGUAUCAGCUUAUCGCCGACCCACCCACCCUUCCCUCUACGCAGGACCGCCCUUGCGACAGGAUGUCCAGCUCCAAGAGAAGACAGAUGAUGCAGCCAUGGCCUCUGUGCCUGCCGCCCUUCGCGAAAACGAAGGAGCGCAGUGUUUUGCCCAAAUAUUACACGAGGGUGGGACCAGUCAUCAGACCUUCGACCUCCAACUCAGGCUCUGCAUUGGACUGUUCGUCGAACACCACUCUAGUGACGAACGCCAGUCCUUUCAACAGCCAGACAGCCUUAAUCGCCGAAAAGAAAUACUUUUCCGGUACCAGCGGUACAGGAUCGAAUCACUACUAUGUCGAAAAUCUGAAAAAUAACACUCAGAAGACCCUGAACGGGUCGCGAAUCUAUGAUCCUUUGGAGAAGGAUCAGGACGCUGAUUACAAACAACUCGAUCCUUUACUGUCAAUCGAGCAGAGCCCGGGCACCGACGACACCGACAUGGAUCCCCAGAACAUGAAACCACCGAAGGACGUGCAGGAUGUAUCUAUCCACCUGCCGCCCACGGAAAUUCAAAAGAGCGAUAAGCCAUCCAAAAUGCGCUACGCUACUCAAGUGCUAGCUGCAUUAUCAGUAUCAUUAGGCUCAAUGGUGAUUGGUUAUUCGAGUUCCUAUACAUCACCAGGAUUGGUAUCUAUGCGUGAUAAUAGCACAGCGAGCUUCGAAGUUACUAAGCAAAUGGGCAUGUGGAUCGGGUCACUGAUGCCCCUAAGUGCACUCUUCGGUGGCAUUGCUGGUGGGCCGUGCAUCGAGUAUCUCGGAAGAAGAAACACGAUACUCGCUACGGCGCUCCCAUUCAUCGGAUCGUGGCUCUUAAUCGCACUGGCUCAGAACGUCGCGAUGGUGUUAGUCGGGCGCGCAUUGUGCGGGUUUAGCGUGGGUGUUGCUUCCUUAUCUCUACCCGUGUACUUGGGCGAAACGAUACAGACAGAAGUGCGUGGUACACUUGGCUUGAUGCCCACCGCCUUUGGUAAUGCCGGAAUAUUAAUAUGCUUCACGGCGGGCAUGUAUCUGGAUUGGAGAAACCUGGCGCUGGUGGGCGCGAGUCUGCCUAUACCGUUCCUGAUUCUCAUGUUUCUGAUCCCGGAGACCCCGAGAUGGUACAUUUCGAAAGGAAAGACGAAGAAAUCGCGAAAAUCUCUUCAAUGGCUGCGCGGCAAGGACACCGAUAUAACCGAGGAGCUGACCAUGAUCGAGAAGAUGCACGUCGAGAGCGAACGGAACGCUUCUCAGGGAACGAUCUCAGAGUUGCUGAAGAGUAACAAUCUGAAACCGCUGCUCGUCUCCCUGGGGCUGAUGUUGUUCCAACAGAUGUCGGGCAUCAACGCGGUGAUAUUUUACACGGUGCAAAUUUUCCAGGACGCCGGUAGCACGAUCGAUGAGAACCUCUCGACCAUUAUUAUUGGUAUCGUGAACUUCAUAUCCACCUUCGUCGCCGCGUUCUUGAUCGACAAGCUGGGCAGGAAGAUGUUGCUGUACGUAAGCGGGGUGUCGAUGGCUCUGACGCUCUUCUCCCUCGGAGGAUUCUUCUACGUCAAGUCAUACGGUGUCGACGUGACGGCCUUUGGUUGGCUGCCGUUGGUCAGUCUAAUCGUGUACGUGAUAGGCUUUUCGAUGGGCUUCGGUCCGAUACCCUGGCUGAUGAUGGGCGAGAUCUUGCCGGCCAAGAUCCGUGGCUCGGCCGCUAGUAUCGCGACCGGCUUUAAUUGGAUGUGCACUUUCAUCGUGACGAAGACUUUCGAGGACGUCAUAGCGAUGAUCGGCGCGCACGGCACCUUCUGGCUGUUCGGUGCUAUCGUCGUGGUGGGUUUCAUCUUCGUGAUCGUUAGCGUGCCGGAGACGCGCGGCAGGUCGCUCGAAGAGAUCGAGAAGAGGUUUAACGGACCGACUAGAAGAAUGAGCGCAGUCGCGAACAUGAAGCCGAUGCCGAUGGCCUGCUAGCUGCCGAACUCAACCGACGUUCAGUCGCGAUUUUCAUCGACGAGGAAGUUUGUCCGAGCAAGAAGAAGCAGGACUGACGGUGGCACUCUAAGGGAGAGAAUCCCCUUUACAGAUAAAGCUUUGCUUGAAGUGAGGUUCGAAGGUCAAGUUCGAAGGUAUGCUUCUCCUACCUUGCAAAGUUGAAUCUGUUCGCUCUCUUUUUUUUCUCCUCCGCUCUUCCUAUUUUACUUUCGUUUUCGAAACUUUCGGUCUACUCUUGCGCGCGUCCUGCUAAUCACGAGGAAUUCGGCCGAAAACGAUCCGAAGGUAAUCGAUAAAAAACAAAAUAGUUUCUGAUGUACGAAAGCAGACGAGAAAAAGCAUUUCUUAUAAAAAAAAAAAAAAAAAAAAAAAAAAAAAAAAAGAAAUUCAUACUUCCGUUAAUUACUUAUCGAGUUGAGAAGAGGCGAGUGAAUGAAGGAAUCAUUCUUGAUUGACUUGAUUGAUGUUAGCUCGCGAAUGUUUUUGUGCAAUAUUGGAUAACGCUGUGUCCGCCGAUUAAUAAUUUCUUUGCAAUACUUUGUGCAAUAAUCACUCGGAAUAUUGAGAAACGUAUUAUUGUAAAGAUUAAUUUUACUUAAAAUCAGGGUAAGAAAUCUUCGGAGAAAUUUAAUCUCAACGAAACGUUCGUUACAUAUGUAAAUGAAUCGAUCGUAUAUUCCAAUCGAUGAUCUUAUAUUGAAAAUAUGAAAUAUUGCCUUCGUUCGUUUGCCUCUUCGAUAUCCAUGAAAUUCAAAUAGAAAUUGUUUUGGAUGACUCUAGUAACGCGCAAGGAUCACAGUAAACGACAGCGACGAACGUCUUAUCAAGAACUUAAAUUGCAAGCUGGAGGGGAUAAUCUGAAUACGAAUGUUAAGGUUAAUUAAUUAGAUUUGCGAGUACGAAAACGUGUUCUGUUUUUCUGCCGGGAAAAUGGUACGAUAAGUGAGUAUCAGCUGUUGACUAGGUAUAUAGUUGUGCUUGUUUUUAUUACUCGACACUUCUACAGGGUCUACCUCAAGUUAAUGCUACUACUGCGUGCCGUUGGAUGCGUUAAGAAUGUAAAAAAAGAAAAAAAAAACUGCGCGUUUCUUCCUUUAAGGUGCACGUAAAAUAACGCGAUUUGUAUGAGGCUGUGGUAUCGCGUAGUUUUGUGUGAAAUUUCGAAACGCAAGUGCUGCUUUAAGGAGAGAAUGUUCGCUGUGUCAUCGUACUUCCAUAGAGAUACGUAGCGUUGCUAAAUCUAGCGUCUAUCGUAUCGAAUGGAAAAUGCGAAAUAGUGCGAAGCAACGUAAAGAGGUACGAAAGUGUCGCGCCGACGCGUUCGCGCUGUGAGAAACG